AUGCUUUUUCAAGUGCCACGAUUAAGUGAUCCAAUGAUUGUUUGUACUGAUUUAUCAGUGGAGAAAGAAUUUCAUCCGGUUAUUCUCGGACUUGGUGACAUUGUUGUUCCUGGAUAUCUCAUCAGUUUUUGUUUCACUGUUGAUGUUGCUGUUCGAACUCGGUUUUUGUAUGGAUUUGUUUCUGUAAUUGGAUAUGGGGUUGGUCUUAUCGCAACAUUCGUUGCUUUGAAUUUGAUGCAAGCAGCACAGCCUGCAUUAAUUUAUCUAAUCCCUCUUACACUCGGACCAAUUGUUGUACUUGCGUUUUUGCGACACGAACUCAAAUUCAUGUGGUUGGGGAAUUUUCCAAAGCCUGAGGUUGGUUUUCAAUAUGUUCAGAUGCAUUUUUAG